AUGGUAGAGCAAGGUGUAUUUCUAGGUCAUAUUAUAUCUGAAAAAGGCAUUGAAGUAGAUCCUACAAAAUUAGAUGUUAUUGUACAAUUGCCUUGCCUCUCUUAUGUCCGAGAGGUUUGUGUUUUUCUUAGCCAUACAGGAUUUUACAGGAGAUUCACUAAGGACUUCUCCAAGAUUGCCAUUCCUUUUUCCAAACUUUUGCAAAAAGAAGCUGAGUUCAACUUUGAUGAGAAGUGCAAAGAGGCAUUUGGCAUUCUUAAGAAGGCCUUAACCACCACACCUAUCAUCCAACCUCCAGGUUGGACAAUGCCAUUUGAGUUUAUGUGUGACGCCUCAAAUUUUGCAGUGGAAACUAUCUUAGCACAGUGGGUUGUUGGGGAGCAAAGAAGGUUGCAAUUGCAAGAAUUAGAGGAGUUGCAUCUUGAGGCUUAUAAGAACUUAAGAAUUUAUCAAGAAAAGACCAAAAGGUACCAUGACAAGAUGAUAUCUAGAAAAGAGAUCUGUGCUGGUCAAAAGCUCCUCUUGUUUAACUCCCGCCUCAAAUUCAUGCCUAGAAAGCUUAGAUCAAGCAAAAUGGUAAACACCCCAAGAAACACUCCAAGAACCAAGAAGAUUAGGACUGUUGGUGCUUCAUCAUCCCAACCUCCACCCACACAUGAUCCUAAGUUCAUAUCAAUUGCCCACGAGAACUAUUACAGGGCUAAUCUCAGAAGACAGAUAGUGCAGGAUCAGAAUUUUGAGAUCCAACAGGGCACUUACACUCAGUUUCAGGAAUAA